CCGGGCCCGCCCGGCCCGGGCCGCUGACGUGGAGCUGCCCCCGCGCUGCGCGUGCGCGCGCGGCCCUUCCGGAGCGGAGCAGGAUGGUGCUGCUGGAGAGCGAGCAGUUCCUGACGGAGCUUACCAGGCUCUUCCAAAAGUGCAGGACUUCCGGCAGUGUUUUCAUAACGCUGAAGAAAUAUGAUGGCCGAACAAAACCAGUCCCACGCAAAGGCCACGUAGAAAGUUUUGAACCAGCAGACAACAAGUGUCUCCUAAGAGCAACUGAUGGAAAGAAGAAAAUUAGCACAGUGGUGAGCUCAAAGGAAGUAAAUAAAUUCCAGAUGGCAUAUUCAAAUUUGCUAAGAGCUAACAUGGAUGGUCUGAAGAAGAAAGACAAGAAAAGCAAGGCCAAGAAGAGUAAAGCAACACAGUGAUGGGACAGCGUACUACCAUCACUAUAAUAGACUUGACCCUUGCUCAAAGCAAAGUCCAUUUCUUUUUAUCAUUUGUCUUUGGCUUUCCUUCCAGCAGGAUACUGGGAUGUGAUCAGUACUUUUGUUUAAACUGAGAGCAGAGGUGCUUUUUGGAUUGUUGUAUGGCAGGAGUAUGUACAGCAUUAUACCGAAAUAGCUUUACACUCAGCUGGUUUGUACUUACACUGCUGCUGUUUACUCUGCAGUGUAAAACCUGUGGGGGGGCGGGUAGCACAGGGUGAAGAGAAAUGCUCUGUACCAGAAGCAAAACAAGGCUGGAGUAGGAGUCUCAGUGACAGAUGCUCAGUUUUAUAGAUGAGCCUCAGCAGUUCGAGGGAAAGCAGAUGCCAACAUAUUAUCAGGAACAGCUGCUUUCUUGGUUCUGUCUUAAGCUGAGGGACAUCUCUACCUGAUGCAAUACAGAUAUCCCCAAGGCAGCCAGCACAGUGCUUGAGUUCUUGCAGAGCCUUCACUCCAUGCUGAUCCAGCUGUUCUGACCCCAGCUCAGGGUGGGGGGAGAGUAGGACUCUGUGUAAUGUUCCCCUCAGACAUCGCUUUAAAAUGCUCAUGUCACCUAAACUUUUUGUUUUUUAAAAACAUCAUCCUUCAGUAUAUGCAGGGAUCUGAAUUUUCCUUCCUCCGUAUAAGCAGAUGCAAAAAGUAAAUCUGUAAUUGCUCCUAUUAAACAUAAUGAGAAAUGGA